GCGCCAUACAGGAAGUCAUUUGCACGGCUUACUGUUCUUGUUUUGACACCUCAAACUAAACGCUUACAUAUAGGAGUGCCCCUCUUUGUUUACCUGAUUAAAGUUGUACGGAAGGAGUUUUAAAUCUGAGUGACCGAGCUGAGCAAAGCGACAUUGAGUAGAGCUGUGAAGCCCAUGAGUCGCAGCAGGAACCCUCCUCCCCGGGGUCAAGGGGCAGCCAGAGCCAAACAGAUGGGGCUUCUUCUCGACCUUACCCCAGACGGAGGGAUGGACGAUGGUGGAAAYGACGAGGACCUGGAGGCAGAGCUCCUUAGUUUGGUGGGAGGAGGAGGAAAAGGAGGGAGACCACAAGGGAAGAAAGGGGACGGAAGAUCUCCUGUUCCAAUGGCUGAAAUUGAGCGAAUGGCGGCUCUGUGUAUGAAAGAUCUGGACGACGAGGACAUGGGAGACGAAGAUUUGGAUGACGAAGACCUGCUGGCAGAAUUAAACGAAGUGUUGGAGGAUGACGAGGCGGACGCUCCUSCUCCAGCGCGUCCCGCUGUCACUCCCACUGUUCCUAAAGUGAGCGUCUCUUCUCCCAGCGCUCCCGGCGGAGCGUCAGGGUUGGAGUCUCGCCUGUUGGAGCGCCUUGAUAUGUAUCAGAAGGCUACAGCCAAUGCCAAGGCUGCAGGCGAGACCAGUAAAGUGCGAAGAUAUGACAGAGGGUUAAAGACGUUGCAGUCCAUGUUGACGUCUGUGAAAAAAGGGAAGCCAAUCAAUGAAGAGGAGAUUCCUCCUCCGGUUGCCAUUGGCGCAAAAUCAAACGCUCCAGCCGAGCCUGAACCCGUAAAGGAACGAGAACCGCCCACGCUGAUUCCCUCCCCUCCUUCUAAUCAGAGACCACUGAGGGAGCCAGCGCCAGAAACUCUGAACACUAAACCUAGACAUCUGACCCCUCCCCAAAAACCAGCUGCUGCCAUCACCCCAGGAACGCCUGCCAUCUCCCCCCUGACGCCUAGUCAACCUGACGCCCAGCACUCAGAGCUGAAACGGGCAGUGCUGUCCAGACAGAGGGAGUACAAGAUGGCUGCCAUUCAGGCCAAGCAGAGCGGUGACGUCAACCUGGCCAAGCAGCACUACCUCACUGCCAAGAAGCUCGACUCGCUGGUGGAGGCUGUGGACCGAGGGGAACCAGUGGAACUGAGCUCGCUACCUCCCCCUCCAGGAGAUUCAGUGGAGCAGCAGAGUGCACCUGUUCCUCCUCAGGCAGCUACCAAACCUGCUGCUGCUCCUGCUGCUCCUGCACCCACCCAGACAGCCACCAACAACCUUCCUGCUCCCAGCAGCGUGGCAGAGGCCCUGAAGCAGAGGAUGGACAUUUACAAGCAGGCAGCAGAGGGAGCCAAGAGCAAAGGAGACGAUCGGAAAGCUCGCAUGCACCAGCGGAUUAUUAAGCAAUACCAGGACGCCAUCAAAGCUCACAGCGCAGGCCGACCUGUCAACCUGAACGAUCUGCCGGUGCCUCCUGGCUGUCCUCCUCUCCAGGGCUCAGAGGGGAGUCAGCAGAACCUCAUAGGUGUCCUGGAAACGGCUAUAAAAAUAGCGAAUCAGGAUGCCGAUGCAGACGAUGAUAAUGACGACGAGGAUGGACAGAAAGAGGCUGCCAAGCCUGCAGUGCGUCCACCUGUGCAGAAAGCAAAGUCUCCGGCUCCCCCAGUCCCUGCAGGAUCCUCGGCUCCAAAACUGGGACCGAAAGCCCAGCAGCAACUAGACUUUCUGUUGCUAAGACGACAGGCCUUUUUGCGUGCAGCGCUUCGCUCCAAACAGAUGAAGGACAUGACUGGAGCAGCGCAGCACCUCAGGCACGCCAAAGGACUGGAUCCCAUGGUUACGGCUGCAAAGUCUGGCCUUCCUGUUGACAUCACAAAGAUUCCAAGCGCUCCAGUGAGUGAGGAUGAUUAUUCCCUGGGCCGUUCCCGGGCCUCUCCUCGCUCCAGUGAAAAGUACCAAGCACUCAUGGAUCUCCUACGAAAGCAACACGAGAAAUGUUUGGGCCUCUCUCAGCAGUUCACACUCAUGGGCAACGUAGGCGAGGCUUUGAAGUCUGAGAAGCUGGUUGAGGAGACCAUGAAGUACAUAGAGCUGCUGAAGAAUGCCCACGCCAAGGGCCACCCGGUCCCCAAGUGCCUCACCCAGGAGAGAACCUUCAACUCUGCAAAGAUCAACUCCAACCUGUCUCCCAGUGACCUGGUACUAUACAUCAUCCGAGGCAUCAACCUGCCGGCUCCAUCAGGCGUCUCUCCUAAUGAUCUGGACGCCAGCGUAAAAUUUGAAUUUCCCUUUCCCAGCUCGGAGGACGCCCAGAGGGACAAAACCGGCACGGUGAAGAGCAGCAGCAGUCCAGAGUUCAAAGAGCAGUUCAGACUCAACAUUAACCGAACCCACAGAGGAUUCAAACGGGUUGUUCAGUCCAAAGGCAUCAAGUUUGAAGUCGUCCACAAGGGAGGUCUGUUCAAGACGGACAGAGCAGUGGGCACUGCUCAGCUGAAACUAGAGGCUCUGGAGAACCACUGUGAAAUCAGAGAGAUCAUAGAAGUGAUGGACGGCCGUAAAGCUACCGGUGGGAAGCUGGAGGUGAGGGUGAAGAUCAGAGAGCCUCUCUCAGGAAUGGACCUGCAGCCGACGACGGAGAAGUGGUUCGUUCUGGAGCCGGUGUCGCCGCUUUCUCCUCCAGAGAGGCAAAAGGAGCGAGCCCCAUCUCCUCGAUCUAAACCCAAACACGAGUUGAGCAGCAGAAGCAGUCGCCCCGACGGCUCUCCUCCGCAGUACAAACUCCACAGCUUCAGCCUCCUCAACUACGACAAGGAGCGGCUGGAGAGGAAGAUUGCAGAUUACCAGAAAAACCAUCGCGAUCCCCCAUCUGACCUCAUUCAUCAACACAAAGAGGUCACGCACAGGCUGCGCUGGCAGAAAGCUCAGCUGGAGCGAGCCUCUCCUGCUCUGCUGACAGAGUAUGAACAUGUGCUGCUGCGCUUCGUCCAAGGACUUUCUGAGUCUGUGAAAAAAUACUCCAGCCAAGGCAACAGGGAAGCUGCAAAGGAUGCCCUGGGAAGGAUGAAGAUGGUAGAGAGUGAGCUGGAAUCCCUCAAACGAAAACGCACAGGAUGAAAGAGCAGUGAGGUGGAGACUUGGCUGCAGUACUGUUAUCUCUCUCAUUCACACUCGCAUACCGAUGCUACAGAACGCACCUUAAGGCGUGACGAUGUGGUGUCCAAGACAGCUGCAUGAACCAACCUCUCCUUCCUCUGUCUGUCUGUGUGACCUGUUUACCACGUGGGCUGUAACUACAAAGGGAGGCGGAUGUCRAAGGAAGCAUUUAGAGGGGAGAAGAACGUACUGAAUUAUUUGCACUUAUUAAAAGAAACACUACAGAAAUUUGCAAUCAUUUUUGAACGGCGUGGGAGAAAAUCUAUGUAAGGGAUUUUAUGUUUUACAUAUGAUACCAGCUUUUUUGGUGACCAAAUAUACAUAAAUACAUAUAUUUGUAUGUGUGUGUAUGAUCUGAGGUGUAUUGAACCAGUGGAUUGAGGUGGAAUUAACCCUUUCUUGCGGCAUUUUCCCUGUGUAAUGAGCUUAAUCUAAUCUGUCUGCACCAGUGUUCCCAGAUUACAGUAAUCUCUUCUGUUUGGAGUGUCCCGAUAUGGGGAGGAAAGAAAACUUAAAGGAACAAAAAAAAAAA